CAAUGUUUUCUCGAUCUUCUUGCUGUUCUUGUCGAGUUAUUCUUAUCGUCUUUCUCCUCACGCGCCUCCCCCCUCUCGCUCUUACUCAACCGAUGGCUUCGAUCGCAAGGGCGGGGGUCUUUAUUUCCGCGCGGCCGCUGAGCUGCAGGCAUAGCAAGGUAGUUAAUGGAAUUUCAGGCUUGAAGUCAGUUUCAUUCUUCGGACAAAGCAAAAAUUUUCCAUCACUGCGGUCACAGUCAACUCCUCAGUUUCGUAUUUCAUGUGCGGCCAAAACAGAGACGCUGGAGAAGGUCUGUAAGAUAGUGAAGGAGCAGCUGGCUCUCCCAAAGGGUACCUCUGUUACUGGUGAAUCAACAUUUUCUGCACUCGGGGCUGAUUCUCUUGACACGGUUGAGAUUGUGAUGGGCCUUGAAGAAGCCUUUGGCAUCAACGUAGAGGAAGAAAAUGCUCAGAGCAUCACCACGGUGCAGGAUGCUGCUGAUUUGAUUGAAAAGCUUGUGGAGGCAAAAUCUAGCUAAAGAGCAGACGUCCUAGUUUUUUUUUUUGUGUGAGAACUUUUAGGCGUUUUAAUCCUAACUAUUGUCAUGUCUAAUUCUACUCUUUGUUUGAGUGCUUGCAUUAUUUGAAGCUCUUUAGAAUCCAUUAUGCACUGCCAUGUUUUUUAAGACAGCCAGUUGGCUUCUUUAUGUCUCA